AUGUGUGUCUUAGAUCUUCAAGAGGAGUUAGAUAAGCAGAAAGAAUCUCCGCAGACUCACAGUGUUGAAUAUUUAUUUUUCAAUAACCCACUCUUUCAGGAAAGUCCUCAUUUAACCAGAACUUUUGAAGGACAAAUUCCAUGGACACAAUCAGAAAGGGAAAUUUCCACUGAGAAUUACAAGAAAAAUCUUAAAAGUGAUGUGGACUCUAGAAACCAUAAUGGUGACUUGUUUUCCCAGGCCACUGUGGCAAUAAGCCCUGUGGCCAGGAAUUAUUUUUCUGUAUGUGAUCCAGAUGCUAAUGAAGACACAUCCACCUGUUCUUUUCCAAGUUAUGUGCCCCAUUAUCGUUCCUUGUCUCCAUUGAUAAUCACAGAAAGAGAUCUUGAAACCACGUGCUCUUUGGAAGAGAAUUCAAAGGCUGAGGGCUGUUUUCUGGAUCCAUUCCAAGGAGAUGUUCUGGAAAACAUUACUCCAGAUGCAGACCUGCCUGCGUAUUUGCCAGCAGAAGGGCUGUUGUUUUCCGCCUCCAGCACUUUGAUGUCUGCUUUGCUGCAAGAGUCCACGGAGAGCUGUCCCCCUCCUAAGCCUACAUCUCCAGGGAAGAGUUGCUGCGUUCCCUCCAGCUUCCAGGUCCUCUCAGGUCCUGCUGCAGAACAGAAUCUGCAGCAAGAGAGGUUUGAGCCACAAGUAUCAUUCCACGGCCACCCUUCAUCUUCCUGCACAUGGUUAGAGGAGCCUGAAAGAACUUCCUCUCUACAGAAAGACGUCACCAGAGCAGAUGUGCACUCCGUCCCAUCUUGUGGUAUAGAGCGGAAGCUGGUGAGCUCAGUAGAAAGACUCAAGAUGGUGGAGUUGCCAGCUAUGCCAAGCGAUGGGAGGUCAAAAGACAGAGAGGAAGAGCCAAUGUUAUACUGCCGUGAAGAACUUGGAGGGGAGUUCAGCAGAACGGGGGAGAGUCUGCCUGCCAAGGUCACAGCAGAACCAAAUGGCACCCUGCUCCUUGCAAACAGCACCUCUGGAGACCUGGCCGCAGCACACAGGCUGGCAGCUCGCCUCUACCAUCUGGACGGGUUCAAGAAGUCUCAGGUGGCUGCUUUUCUCCAGAAGAAGUAA